AAAUUAUAGUUGUUUAAUUGUUGGUGUAUGCAUUCACUGAAAUCUGGGGAUGCUGAUUGAAAUCCCAUAACUUACCACCAGAUAUGUACUUUAUUUUUUUUUGUAGUGACUCCUCCAUCUAAGGUCUUAGAUGAGUUCAGCUUUACAUCUUCUGUACUAGUAAAAUCACUGAGAAUGAUCCAUCUGAUAAUUGUUAUUUUGAUUUAGGGGUAAAGAUGACAACAACCGUGACACUUACCUCCCCUUGUAUUGUCAAAUCUGCACCCCGGAGCCCGUUUUCAAGUUCCAUUUUCAAGAGGCCUACAUCUCUGGGAUCUCUUAAGAGCAUCACCAAGUCUUCUGGCUUGAAAUGUUCCUCUAAUUUCAGAGCAUCAAUGUCAGUGUACAAGAUUAAGCUGAUUGGACCAAAUGGUGAAGAGGACGAGUUUGAUGCCCCUGAUGACAAAUACAUCCUAGAUGCAGCUGAGGAGGCGGGAGUUGAGCUGCCCUAUUCUUGCAGGGCUGGAGCAUGCUCCACCUGUGCUGGGAAGCUGGCUUCAGGUUCCGUGGACCAGUCUGAUGGUUCCUUCCUUGAUGACAACCAAAUGAAGGAGGGUUAUCUUCUGACCUGUGUCUCAUACCCUUCUUCAGACUGCGUGAUUCACACUCACAAGGAAGGUGAUCUUUACUGAGUAUUUCAGUGUUCACAAUCAAGUUAGUUUUAUACCAUCAUAAUUUGAAACAUGUGGAGGUUAAGUGCUCCUGGACCUUUUGUUGUCUAGUGUUAUUAUCAUGUUUGGUGGAGAAUAAUAUCUCAGAUUUUAAAGAUGGUUCUGAAAUGCUGUCCUUGUUUUUUUUGGCAACGGGAAUGCUUUCCUCUGUACUGUAUUGUGUCUUUCAGUGUAUUCAGGCGAAAACCUUAACAC